GCUGCUCUAUCACUCCCAUCCUUCCUCCCUCACUCUAUAAUAUUGUCACCACUUCCCCUCCUCUCCUAUUUUUCUUCUCUCCCUUGAUUAUUCUCAUCUGUCUUUUUCUUUAUCAUGGAAUGCUUUUCAUUCUUUAUUUGUGUCUUCCAUGCCUCUUCUUUUAUUUCUAUUGAUAGACACAGCUGAAGGGAUUCUUGCCAUUCUCCAGGUCUCAAUUCAUGCUGCUUUCUCUCAUUCAUCCAAGGCACAAAAUCUUCUGUUACUUUUCUCAAGGAGGGAGAAAAUCUUCUUCUUUAUUUUUCUCUUUUUGUUCCUCAGCUCGGCCGAAGAUUCCGGAUUCGGCCUCUGUUUCAUUCCAGCCCCAUUAUCUACAUUCUAGCUCAGAUUGUAGGAUCUAAACUGGAACCAUGUUCUAUUUCCAGCUGGUGAUCAUGGCCGGAACGGUUCUCCUGGCAUACUACUUUGAAUAUACGGACACGUUCCCGGUGCACAUCCAAGGGUUCUUCUGCUAUGAUAAAGCCUUCUCUAAGCCAUAUCCUGGACCUGAAGAUGACAGCAAAGCUCCUCCAGUGCUGGUGUAUUCGUUGGUCACCGCCAUCCCCACCGUCACUAUACUGCUGGGGGAGCUCACAUCCUUCUUCACUAAACCUGAGGAUGUACAGGAGAAGACGAUCGUAACGGCUGACUGUUGUUAUUUCAACCCACUGCUGAGACGCAUCGUCCGUUUUCUAGGUGUGUACUCCUUUGGCCUCUUUACCACCACCAUAUUUGCCAAUGCAGGACAGGUGGUGACAGGAAAUCAAACUCCUCACUUCCUGUCUACAUGCCGCCCAAACUACACAGCGCUGGGCUGCCAUUCACCAAUGCAGUACAUUACAGAGCGCCGCGCAUGCACUGGGAACCCUUACCUCAUCGCCUCCGCCCGCAAAUCUUUCCCCUCAAAAGAUGCAGCGCUGAGUAUGUACUCUGCUGUUUAUACGGUGAUGUACGUAACUCUGGUUUGGCGCACUAAAGGCACAAGGCUGACCAAACCCACUCUGUGUCUGACUCUUCUGUCAUUGGCUGUUCUGGUCGGCAUCGUGCAUGUAGCUGAGUACCGCAAUCACUGGUCUGAUGUUCUAGCAGGAUACCUCACUGGGGGAGCCAUUGCUGCUUUUCUAGUCACAUGUGUGAUCAAUAACUUCCAGCAGACCCAGCCUCCGCUCCCACCUAUGCCACCCCUUCUGCAGUCCCCGCACCCAGGUCCCCCACUCAACAUGCCCAUGGUGGCCAUGCCCUGCAUAGAAAGUCCACUCGAAAAGUUCCAGGGGUUUUGUACACAGGCAUCACAUGACCAUCAGCCAUACCUGUCCCCCGCCCCUCCCGAUGUUCUCGUCCACUCUCGUCGCUCCAUUUCCAGCGCAGUCUAGACAUGCCUUCUGAAUACUCCACCUGUAUCCGCCCUAGACCCUCUCUUAUAAGAUCAUUCUCGACUCAAGUCUAGAGCUGUCCCAUACUCGCCUCUACUGCCCCCUACUGGAAGACAGAGGCAAUUACAGCAAUAUUGCUUAUUUUAGUCUGGAUUGUUUCAUGUUUGUAUUAUUCAUCUUGGUUUCCCUCUCUUGUCUUUUGAGUGGGUAAUUUAAUUAUUAUAAUUUUUUAUUUUUUUUUUAAAGGAAAAUGUUCCAGCUGAUAAUAAGCUUCCACAGAUUUCGUAAUGAUUACAGUGCAUUGCUAUUAUUAAUUAAAGGUGUUGAUAUAUGAG